AACGUCAGUGUUGAACAUGGAAAUUUUUGAUCAAUAUUAACGUGCACAACAAUCAUCAUCAUUACAAUCUUAUAUUAUGGAUCAUCGUUCAAUGACAACAAAGACGACAACGGCGACGACUACAACGAUAACAACAACAAACACAACAAAUACAAUGCCAUUGGAAGCACUUGAAUAUCCAUAUCAAGUAUUUCUCAUAACUCUUUAUUCAUUAACAGCUUUAUUUGCAUUCAUAUCAAAUUUUUUGACCAUUAUUGUCAUGAUAAAUGGUAAACGUUGUAUUGGUGGUGAUAUGAGAAAAUUCAUUAUCAAUCUAUCUAUUACCGAUUUAUUGAUGGCCAUUUUUACCAUACCAUUCACAUAUACAAAUUAUAUGCUUGGAAGAUGGAUAUUCAUAGCGAUAAUGUGUCCAAUAGUUAAUUGUGCACAAUUGACAACAAUUACUGUUAGCAUCUAUACAUUGGUUGCUAUUGCUAUUGAUCGUUAUAUGGCUAUUAUGUAUCCAUUACGUAAAUCAAUUUCCUGGUUUAAACGACAUCGAACAUUUAUUGUCAUUUUAAUUUGGAUUUUCGGUAUUUGUCUUGGAAUUUCACAAAUUUUUGUCACUGAAACAGAUACAUUUGAACAUAAUGGCCAUAAAUAUAUAUCUUGUGAUGAACGUUGGAAACCGGAAAGUAUUGAAGGCCGUCUAUAUACAAUAUUUAUAUUUGCAACAACAUUUGCCAUACCAAUGUCAGCAUUUUGUAUUAUCUAUACGGCAAUGGGUUGGAAAAUAUUUCGAUAUCAAGGACCUGAAUAUCAAUUACGUUUACAAAGUCUUCAUAAUCAUUUUCAUCAUCAAAAUAAUAAUGAAAUUCAAAAAAAGAUAUAUAAUAAUGACGACGAUGUUGUUGAUGUUGAUGAUGAUUUGACCAAAAGAAUUGGCCACAUUGAUUAUCAUUAUAUGAUAAAAAACAAAAAUGACAUAGAUACAAAUGCAAUUGAUUCCGAUGCUAAUAUUUGUUUGAAAUCUUGUAAUAAUAAAAACAAUAAUAAUAUUGUUCCAUCAUCAAAUCAUCAUCUAAUACAAUGUGUUUAUUAUGAGACGAAAAAUCAAUCAUUAUAUACAACAGAAUCAAUACAGACAAAAUAUUGUAUCAAUAAUAACAACAAUAAAUUUAGCAAUUUAAAUGGCCAUAAUAAUAAUAAUAAUCAUCAUCAUUAUUAUCAAUUAUCAAAUCAUCAUCCACAAACAAUAAUGACAACACCACAUAUUGCUGCAACGCAAAUAAAUUCCAAUAAAAUUAUGGAUCCAGUUAAUCAUCGUUCAACAAGAUUUAUUAGUAAUCGUCGCCAUAAGAUAUUGAAGAUUCUCAUUACGAUAAUUGGUGUAUUUACCAUCUGUUGGCUACCAAUACAAUUAUUCAACAUACUUAUCUAUUUUAAAAGAAAUUUUCUUCAUGUUGAUUCAGCAUUCAAAUAUUAUGCAUUUGUUGGUAGUUAUUUUUUCUGUCAUUGGAUAUCAAUGGCACAUAGUUUUAUGAAUCCAAUUAUCUAUUCAUUUAUGAGUAAAAAUUUUCGAUCAGAUUUGCGGAUAAUUUUAACAAAAUUUUGGAAUAAUUGGAAAAAAUACAACCAUCGUUAAUGAACCAACAUAAUAUAAAGAAUUAACAAAUCAAUGGAUUACACUCAUAAUUCAAUCGUAUUUUUUUUGUCAAUAAAUAAAUGGAUAAUUCUUUUUU